CCACAGCUCAUCCAGAAUUGUUUAAUUACAUGAAAUUUCUAGAAGACCAUAUGCAAAAAUUAGAAGGCUGUGUACGAGAAUUGGAAGUCUAUGUACAAGAAUUAGAUACUAUGCUCAAAUUUCAGGCUAGAGCUAAUCAU